AUUUUUCAAUUAAUUGGUGGGUGUUUUGGAUCUGCUCCUUUCUUGGGUUGUUUUGAAGGAAAGCACAACAAAAAGAAAAUUGCUUUUUGGGUGUUGGAAUAUCUGCAUUGUUGUUGAGGACCAGAGAAGUUUUUCUUUUUGGGUCUUGGGUUUUGAUUGCAAAUGAUUUGAAGAAUGUGAAAAAGUAACAUUCUUUUUGGGCCUUGAAUUGGUUGGAAAAAAGAUGGUUUUGUUUUAGCUGUUGUUAGAGGAACUGAAUUUCGUGUUGGGUGUUGAAAUUUCUUGUGUUAUGGAUGAUUCAAGGCCUAGGUAAUGAAAAAGCUGUCAUUGCAAGAUUUGAGGAGUUGCUUUGUAUUUUGCUGGGAUUCUUCUCAUUGAGUGCUGAUAAAAAGAGGCUUGAAUUGUGUGGUGUGCUGUUGCAAUUCUUGGAGAAAAAGGGAUUGAGAUUUCUAUCUUUCGGGGUGUUUAAAAGUUUAUUGGUUUCUCUAUGGUGUGAAGAUUAGAGAGUUAGGGAGAUUUGUUUGUAAUUGAAGCAAGAAGGCGGGAUGUCCGCAAAGCUGAUACAGGCGUUGACAGAUGACCAUCCAGAUCUGCAGAAGCAGAUUGGAUGUAUGACUGGGAUCUUUCAGCUGUUUGAUCGACAUCAUAUCAUCACCGGAAAGAGAAUCAAUGGCCACAGCCAUAAGAAGAUUUCUUCAGGCCAUUCCCACUUGAAUAACGGCAACCUUGGGACGGAUGAGACUGCAUGUUCCCCACAGGCCAUCGUGGAGAAGAGCUUGAGCAAGAAUCAGAUUGAGAAUCAAAGAAUCUCGGUCGAGUCAUCCAGAGCUUCUUGCUCAUCUUCAUCUUGUUCUUCAUCAUUUUCAUCUCUCGACUGUAAUAGAACAGCUCAACCGGAACCCCCUUCAUUUGAUCGGGCCACUCUAGAGCGGUCCUUGAGGAAUCCGCAGAAGUCGAAGAAUUCAGAUGUCGAAAGCAGACCGAAUAGUGCUUAUGCUCAGCCUGGGAGGGAAUCCCUUGAUUUGCGAGAUGUUGUCAAGGACUCGAUCUAUAGAGAAGCUCGUGGGCUAUCGGUUAGAACCUCCACCAGAGAAGAACCUGCGAAUCAUGUUCUGAAGCACAGAGACUCACCAAGGCCUUUACAGCUGUCCAAAUCAAUGGAUGGAGGAUCGUACGCACAUGGAAUCAAUGGAAAAUCGAGGAUGCCUAUGGAUCUAAACGAAUCGCUCCGGGUUCUUGCGAAACUUAAGGAGGCGCCAUGGAAUUUCAAUGAUGUGAGAGAGCCGCCGAGAGGGUCGUGCGAAACAAAAGAUGGGUCUUUGUUUUCAGUAUCAAAGGAUGCUCCUCGGUUCUCUUUUGACUCGAGAGAAACUUGUAAAUCCAGCGCGAAGCUCAGAGAGCUUCCGAGACUGUCGUUGGAUAGCAGAGAGCGUUCCAUGAGUGUUACUAACGUUGGUUCGAAAUCAAACUCAAUCCUGAAGGAAUUGCGGAGUAAUUUCGACCAAAAGAAUUCUAGUUCACUGAGUCCGCAGCAAGAGUCAGGAACUCAGAAGCGGCCGCCAAGCGUUGUGGCGAAACUGAUGGGCUUGGAAGCAAUGCCCAAUUCAAGCUCUAACGGUCAGGGACAAAUAGGUUGGAUGAAAACCUGCUCUGACGAAGAUCGUGAUAUUUCUUACACCGAGAAAAACAGCAACGGCUACUUGAGAUCAUCGAAAAUGGCUAAUGAAAGCAAACAAGAUCGAAGUUCACAAUCCCCAAGGAGCUCCUUCAAGGACCCCAUUUCACCACGCAGGAGAAGUCCUGAUCCAGUAAUGAAACCCAUUUCUAGUACAAGAUUUCCGAUCGAAACUGCUCCAUGGAGGCAGCAGGAUUGUGGCCGGAGCCCGCAGAAAACAGCAGUUAGAAGCCGUGAAGCCCACACAAGGCCACCCACUUCCCAAUCUGUGUACAGUGAGAUAGAGAAAAGGCUGAAAGAGCUUGAAUUUCAGCAGUCCGAUAAGGAUCUCAGAGCACUUAAACAGAUACUAGAAGCAAUGCAGGCCAAGGGGCUUUUAGAGACCAAGAAAGAAGACCAAGAUUCCCACAUUUCAGUUCCAAAGAAUUACAAUAACCUGAACCUGAUUGCGAUCGAUCACAACCCAAGAUCAGCAAACAGGCGGAACCCACCACAGAUCAAUCGACCUCGUUCUCCCUCAAUCAAGGGGAGUAGUCCUCCGCGGGCUUUUGAGUCUCCAAUAGUAAUCAUGAAACCAGCGAAGCUUAUCAAUAGAUCUGGUAUUCCUGCUUCCUCGGUUAUUCCUUUGGACAGUUUGUCGGGUCUUCGUAGUUUUCAGAGGAACGAUUCUGUUGACAGCAAAAGGGUGUCAGCCAACACCCGAACAGCUAAAGACACAACUCCUAAAGCCAAUCUAAGGGAGUCUGGUGCCCGGGUUCUCGGUUCCAUUGAUAAGAAAACCAAUGGUAAGAUAGAAGAAAAUGUUUCACAGAAACCUCAGAUGCGGUCGGUGCAUGCUUCAUCUAGGUCUCAGUUGCCAACGAAAGACAACAACGGAAGCUCGACAAGGAAUUCUGGCUCUGUGAGCCCGAGACUGCUGCAGAAGAAGUUUGAUUCAGAGAAGAGAUCUCGCCCUCCCAUCCCACCAUCAGAUUCAGGCAAGCCUAGAAGGCAGCAACCCAUCCGGCAGCAACCAGAAUCAGGUUCUCCAGGUGGGCGACAGAGGCCGAAACCAGUCCAUGCCCAACAGAACGAAGACCAGAUGAGUGAGAUCAGCAGCGAAACAAGAAAGAGUAAUCAGGGGGAUGAGAUUUCCUUGAGAUCAGAUAGCAACAUUAGCUUGGCAUCACAGGUCGAUAUAGAAGUGACAAGCGCCGACCAGUCUGCAGAAAUGAAUUGCGUUUUCUUCCAGCAAGGCAACCGGAGUCCAUCUCAGAAGGCUGUGAAUACCACAGUUUCGAGCCUAAAACAAAAGAAAUCAUCGCCAAUUUUGGGUGAAGAUGGUAUGUCAGCAGAAUUCACAACGACCGCACCUGAACAGCCGAGUCCUGUCUCCGUUCUCGAUGCUUCAUUUUACAGAGAUGAUUUGCUACCUUCUCCUGUGAAGAAAAUAUCAAAUGCCUUCAAAGAUGAUGAGAAUCGUGACUCGGACGACAUCUCUGGUGAAGACGGCUGGAACAUGGUGGGUCCUGACUUAUCCAAUGGCACAAAAUCCAAUUUCAGCUCUGAAAUCGACCACAAGAAAUUGGAGAACAUUGAGCUCUUAGUUCAGAAGCUCAGGCGUCUGAACUCAGCCCACGACGAAGCCACCACAGAUCACAUUGCCUCACUGUGUGAAGAUGCAAACCCAGAUCACAGAUACAUCUCUGAAAUAUUACUGGCAUCAGGUCUCCUACUUAAAGACCUCAGCUCUGGCCAGACGCCAAUUCAGCUCCACCCAUCAGGCCACCCCAUCAGCCCCGACUUGUUCUAUGUCCUCGAGCAAACAAAGACCAGCUGGCUCUUGAAGGCGGACCCCACCUGCGAAAACACCCUCCGGUCGAAACCCAACAAGGAGAAGCUCCACCGGAAGCUCAUGUUCGAUGCCAUCAACGAAAUUCUAGUCCGGAAGCUGGCAUUGGUGGGCCCCCAGUCCGAGCCAUGGAUCCGAAGCGAUAAACUGACAGUGGCAACACCGAGCGGGCAGCGACUGCUUAGAGAGCUUUGUUCAGAGAUUGAUCAGCUCCAGGCUGCUGAUAGUCUGGAGAGUAGUUUGGAUGAAGACGAUGAUGGGCUGAAAUCGAUCUUAAGGGAGGAUGUGAUGUGCCGGGGGGAGAGCUGGAUGGAUUUCCAUAAGGAGGUGCCAGGCGUGGUGUUGGACGUUGAACGGUCGAUUUUCAAGGAUUUGGUUGAUGAGAUUGUGAAUGGUGAGGCAUCUAACCUGCGGGCAAGGCCGACUCGGCGACGCAGGCAGCUGUUUGCUAAGUGAAUAUCUUGAAAUAAUGUUUUUUUUCUUUUCAUUUCUCAUUUUUUUUCAACUUCUAUUAUAAUAUAUAUGUGAAAAAAAAAAAAGGUUGGAAUUGUUGGCGGAUGGAGCUUUUCUUAUGUUUAGAGCUUUUGUACAAAUAUCUAUUUUGUAGUGUUUAACAUGCA